AGGCAGUUUUGCUUCAUAGUUAAGCAGGGCCACCAGGUUCCUUGGAGAGACUCUGAGUUCUCAUCAAGUCCUGCAGAAGAAGAUCUGUGCAUCCAGAUCUUCAGAGUCAACUUACCUCACCAUGGCUGGCCGCAAAGACUCUGAACUGAGAAUCAUUCUGGUAGGGAAAACUGGAAAUGGAAAGAGCGCUACAGCCAACACCAUCCUAGGAAGAUGUGAGUUUGAGUCUAAGAUUUCUUUCCAUGCUGUUAUCAAGACCUGCCAGAGAGCAUCCAGGAAGUGGAACGGAAAAGACCUUCUUGUAGUCGACACUCCUGGGCUCUUUGACCCCACCAAGAACAUGAAAACCACGUGUUCAGAAAUCAGCCGCUGCGUCCUCUACUCCUGCCCUGGGCCUCACGUCUUUAUCUUGGUUGUGAAACUGGACCGUUUCACGGAAGAGGAGCAGAAAACUGUUGCUCUCAUCAAGGGUCUUUUUGGGGAGGCAGCCAUGAAGUACAUGAUCAUCUUGUUCCCUCGCAAAGAAGAACUUGAGGGCCAGAGUCUUGAUGAUUUUCUAGGUGAAGCAGGUGAAAGGCUAAAUGAUAUCGUGUCGCAGUGUGGGGGGCGCUACCUGGCCUUUAAUAACAAAGCAGGUCAGGCUGAGCAAGAAAACCAAGUGCAACAGCUGAUAGAAAUGAUAGAGAAAAUGGUGGCCAGAAAUGGGGGCUCCUACUUUUCUGACAAGAUAUACGAGGAUAUAGAUAACAGGCUGAAACAAUGUCUAGAGGAUCUGAAGGAGGCGUAUACUCAAGAAUUCACUAGUGAAAUCCAAAGCAUAGAAGAGAAAUAUGCUAAUAAAUCAGAAAAAGAAAAGGAGGCAAAACUUUGUUCUGCAAGGAGAAAUUUUGAUGAAAAAAUGGAAAAUGUGAAGAAAGAGGCUGAAGAAAAUAUAUUUAUGUAUAUUUUCCAGAAGAUAAGAGAAAUUCUUUUAAAACUUUGGGACAUGUUGUGAUGUAAAUUUUAUUCUAUUUUAUUAAUGACAUUUGUUUUUGACAGUUUCAUACAAGGACACAUAUAAUGUGUUCUGAAUAUAUUUGUGGCUUUUUCCCCCCUUUGGUAUUAAUUUUGCUUUGUGAUCCGUGGAAUUUAACUAGGUCUGUGUGCAUGACAAUGGUUUAGAACCAUCUCUCAGAGCGUGGUGGGAGUCCGUAGUUACUAGCUCAGCAGGGUGAAAUAGUUUCCCAUGAGCUCCUUCUUCAUCUGUCUAUCCGUGACUAGCUGCUGACAGACCCACAGCUGCUCUGAGCUCCCAGUUGCAAUGACUGUUUCCUGAACCUUCCAGGUAGUGGUGUGAGUGUCUUGUUUAGGGUUGACAUCCAGUCCUGGGUGUCUGCAUCCACCCCUAUUCUUUGCAAAGAGAGGCUUCUUUGAUAAAAGAUAAGAAUAACAUUUGUCUAUGGGUGUCAAUAUUUAGACUGCAGCUUGGUGCCAUGUCAAUUUUAGCUAAACAGUAAGUAGUAAGUCUCUACUAUGGCCCAUGGCGUCCCCAGCCCUGGGUGUUUGAUCGGGGUUAUAGCACCACACAUGAGCUUCCUCCUGCGAAUAGACCUGCUCUCCCCAUAGCAGCCACACCAGCACUGCACAAGCUGGCCCAGCUUGCCUGCUGUGUUGGCGCUGUAGUUUAUAGGGUUUGGUUAAGACUAUUGAUGUCUUUUCUUCCCCAGCAGCCUACAUAGCAACUUCCAGCAACAGGAAGAGCUAGCUAUGGGAGGAGGCUUCCAGUCAGGUGCCUGCCUGAGUUCUUCAUGUGUGCAAACAGUAUGUAGAGUCGUUAGCAAUAGGCUUUAUCAUCAAGUUAUCGUGGGCUCUUUAUAAUUUGCCAUGAUUUGUUAAUGCAGUAUAUUGUAUUUUCUGAAGAUGGUUAUGAUAAUAUCUUACAUUUGCCAACUGAUUGAAGCAUAAUUGAUAAAUAAAAUUGCUUGAUUUUCAUGUG